AUGUGUGCUCCACAAACUAGUUACUUUACUUUUAUCGUAAACACAUCAACCCAAGCACUUCCUGUGACAGCAAACUUUGGUUCUUACAUAAACGGAGCUGGCAUACCAAAAAGUGGAGCAGCUUGCACAACCGGAGUGCUUUCGCAAGUUUUAUCUUCGGCGGAUCUUCAACAUUACCUUGACCCAAAUACAGUCAACUAUACGGUUACUAUACCAUCUAUGUCAUGUUCCAACUACUGCGUACAAGUCUGCGAUCAAACCAAUGUCGUCCCACCUCCGCUAGGCACUUGGUGUCUACUUGUGAGCAAUGACAAUUUAUCGAGCGGCGUCUAUGCUAGCAUCAACUUUCGGCUUUCGGCUCCAACCACAUCAACAACUUCGACCACAUCGACAACUUCAAGCAGUACAACCUCUCCUAGUCCUAUGACUACGGUUGUGGUCAACGUUCCAACUUCUUCUGCAAGUAAAUGGAGUGAGUGGAACAGUAGCACGAUUUUUUUCUUUGGGCUCGUAUUGUAUGGUUUAUUUAGAAGUCUAAUGUCAUGUGGAUAG